UUUCCAUUCAACAUAGAGUCACUUCUUGGUUAUUAUUUAUGGGAAAAUCAGUCUCCAGUGGGUGAGUUCAUUUACUGAAUCUGAAUAUAUAGUUUGUGGAACCAGCUCACAGGCGUUCUCAGCACCCCAUACAAAUGAUACCGUUUAAAUAAAUAAAUGAUUGAGUUUCUGCUCAGGCCCCUAUUGACCCAAAGCAGUGGCAGAAAGAUGGAGUUGGAGCAAUACAGUGCACUGCCCCAUAUCUAAGGCCUAAGAUUAGAACCUAUUUAAGUUAAAAUUACAGGGGGCAAGAGGGGACAGGACAAGAAUGUAGGGUUUGUGAUAGGUCGGAUUGUGGCUUGUGGAUUGGAGGGUAGCUGGGUUAUAUAGUGGGUCUUUAGGGUGUAACUAGGUGUGCCAGGUUGGAGUAUUGAAUGGAGCGGCACCAUAUGCCUUUCCAGCCAUGCCCACAACCCACACAAAACCCAACUCUUUUAAAAUACUGCCCACUUUCCAGGAGUCUGUGCCCCUCCAUUUCCUCCACCUGGCAGAUAUCUGGACUGUUCCCCCAUGUUUAGGGUUGCCACCCUGCCUAGCCUGUAAAUCACCAGCCAGGGGUAGGGGCCAGUAUUGCAAAUUUACCAGCAGUCAGGGAGCUGCUAUCUUGCUCCCUUCCCACUGUUCUGCUGAUUGGCUGCUGGGAGGAGGGAUAUCACUCCAACAAACAUGCCCUCGUUAUAAAGGUAAAUAGCCCAUCAGUUAUUUACUGCUGUACAACAUUGGCCUACAAAACUCCCCGGCGACCAGGCUCAGUGGACUGAGACACAGAAAGCCCUGCCUGGCAAUGACUCCCAAGCCCAUCACCGUGGAUGACUAUGAAGCAUAUGCCAGGCGCUCCCUAAGGAAAUCAGUGUAUGAUUAUUAUCGGUCAGGAGCAGAGGAUCAGCAAACGCUAGCGGACAAUGUAGCGGCAUUUUCAAGAUAUCGAUUAUACCCUCGUGUGUUAAGGGAUGUCUCUGCCACUGACCUAUCAACAACGAUAUUAGGGCAGAAAAUAAGCAUGCCCAUAUGCGUAGGGUCGACCGCCAUGCAGCGCAUGGCUCACCCUGAUGGAGAGACGGCCACGGCAAGAGCUUGCAGGGCUGUUGGCACUGGCAUGAUGCUGAGCUCGUGGGCUACCUCAUCCAUAGAGGAAGUGGCCGAGGCUGCCCCCGACUCCCUGCGCUGGAUGCAGCUGUAUAUAUACAAGGACCGGAACCUGACAAAGUCUCUUGUGCAGAGAGCUGAGAGAUCAGGCUACAAAGCCAUCUUCUUAACAGUGGACACCCCUUACCUAGGGAGACGCCUUGCUGAUGUGCGCAACAAGUUCCAACUUCCCCCACAUUUAAGGAUGAAAAACUUUGAUACUGAAGAGCUAGCAUUUUCCUCCAAGCAGGGCUACGGGGAGGAUAGUGGAUUAGCUGUUUACGUAGCCCAGGCAAUAGACCCUUCCAUCAACUGGAAUGAUAUUGAAUGGCUCAGGGGAAUAACAUCACUGCCUAUAAUUGUUAAAGGCAUAGUGCGAGCUGAUGAUGCUAAAGAAGCAGUAAAACGUGGUGUAAGUGCCAUUCUAGUAUCUAACCAUGGAGCACGGCAAUUAGAUGGAGUUCCAGCGACAAUUGAUGUCCUACAGGAAAUAACUGAAGCAGUAGAUGGAAAAGUAGAAGUCUAUUUGGAUGGUGGAAUAAGGAAAGGAACAGAUGUCCUGAAAGCAUUAGCCCUUGGUGCCAGAGCAGUUUUUGUAGGACGACCAGCCCUUUGGGGCUUGGCAUAUCAGGGAGAAGAAGGAGUCAAAGAUGUUCUUAACAUACUGAUGGAAGAAUUUAGACUGGCCAUGUCUCUCGCAGGCUGCUGUUCCGUGAGUGAAAUAGACAAGUCCCUGGUACGGAAAAGUCAUUUUUCCUCUAGACUUUAGCCAGCUUAACGGGUGGAAAGUGGCAUUUAUUUGAUUUGCGAUGUGUUCAUUAUUUCUGAAGCCUGUUCCAAGAUGUAUUUUUAUGUCUGAUGUUCUGUAUUCUAAUAAAGUUGUCACCUGGCUUUCAAACUGAAA